AUGUGGAAAGAAAAUCAAACAUUUAUCUCUGAGUUCCUCCUUCUGGGCCUGCCUGUUGAAUCAAAGCAGCAGAACCUGUUCUAUGCCAUGUUCCUAGUCAUGUAUCUUACCACCAUCCUGGGGAACCUCCUCAUCAUUGCCCUUAUUCGACUGGACUCCCACCUCCACACACCGAUGUAUUUGUUUCUCAGCAAUUUGUCCUUCUCUGACCUCUGCUUCUCCUCUGUGACCAUGCCCAAAUUGCUACAGAACAUGCAGAGCCAAGUCCCAUCCAUUCCCUACUCAGGCUGCCUGGCCCAAAUGUACUUCUUCCUGUUUUUUGCAGACCUGGAGAGCUUCCUCCUUGUGGCCAUGGCCUAUGACCGGUAUGUGGCCAUCUGUUUCCCCCUGCACUACACCACCAUCUUGAGCCCCAAGCUAUGCCUCCUCCUGGUGGUGCUGUCCUGGGUGCUGACCACGUUCCAUGCCUUGUUGCACACCUUGCUUAUGGCCCGGCUGUGGUUUUGUGCUGACAACAUGAUUCCCCACUUUUUCUGUGAUAUGUCUGCUCUGCUGAAGCUGGUCUGCUCUGACACUCGAGUUAAUGAGUUGGUGAUAUUUAUCAUGGGGGGAAUUAUUCUCGUCAUCCCAUUCCUCCUCAUCAUCAUGUCCUAUGCACGAAUUGUCUCUUCCAUCCUCAAAGUUCCUUCUGCUAGGGGUAUUCACAGGGCUUUCUCCACUUGUGGUUCCCACCUCUCCGUGGUGUCACUGUUCUAUGGGACAGUAAUUGGUCUUUAUUUAUGCCCAUCAGCGAAUAAUUCUACUGUUAAGGAGACUGUCAUGGCUAUGAUGUACACGGUGGUGACCCCCAUGCUAAACCCCUUCAUCUACAGCCUGAGGAACAGAGACAUGAAGGGAGCCUUUGGAAGAGUCUUUCAUAAAAGGAAAAUCAUCUUCUCUCUGUGA